CGGCGAACACAACUCAUUGAAACAUCGGUGCGAGACUACACCGAUACUCGAAAAAAAGGUCAGCGUUACGCAAUGAAAGUCCUGUCCGGAAACACAAGGACACUGGAGUUACAUGUGACACAGCCGAGCCUUUAGACUCAGGAACAAACCGGUACAGUGUACGGCACGGCUGGCGGGAGAAUGGUGGGAUAUGACCCACAGGAGAAGGUAGAGUUGUCGGCGACUGAGUACGCUGUGGCCGGCGGGGUCAGCGGCUUCCUCACCCGAGCAGCCUGCAACCCGCUGGACGUCAUCAAAAUACGCUUCCAGCUUCAGGUAGAACCCAUAAAGAAGAGUCAGCACGGUGGGAAGUACCAGAGCAUACCGCAGGCUGUGGUCACGCUGUUCAGGGAGGAAGGGAUAACAGCCUUCUGGAAAGGACAUGUCCCAGCAUAGCUGCUGUCUCUCAUAUAUGGUGCUGUACAGUUUGCAGUUUUUGAGCUGCUGACCAAACAGGCGUGGGAACAGCUCCCUCCGGAGGCCAGCAGCGGUCUGUGGAAGCCCGCCCUGCAUUUCAUGUGCGGAGGUUUGUCAGCCAUGGCGGCCACCUGCGCCUGUCAGCCAGUAGACGUGCUCAGGACGAGGUUUUCAUCUCAGGGAGAACCAAAGGUGUACCGUAGCCUACCUCAGGCCAUCAGUUCCAUGUGGAGAGAGGGAGGGCCGCGUGCGUUCUACCGUGGUCUGAGUCCGACCUUGGUACAGAUUUUCCCGUACGCCGGUUUCCAGUUUGCUACAUUCGCCAUGUUCACCUCAGCGUGGGAAUAUCUUCCACAGUCCAUAUCUGACAAAGGUGCUGUGAAGACCCUGGUGUGUGGGGCUGCGUCUGGGGUGGUCAGUAAAACACUCGUCUACCCUCUGGAUGUGGUCAAGAAACGGCUGCAAGUCCAAGGAUUUGACCAUGCCAGGAGGUCAUUUGGACAGGUGCGUGAGUACACAGGACUGGUCCACUGUGUACGGUGUAUGCUGCGUGAAGAAGGGGCACGGGGCUUGUUCAAGGGCCUGUCCCCCAGUCUACUGAAGGCUGCCUGUGCGUCGUCUCUAAUCUUCUUCCUGUAUGAACAAUGUUGCCACGCCCUGAGACUCUCUCACCAUGUCUAUACAUACAGAUGAUGGAACUUGGACAAGAAAUAUGUGUAGUAUACAUAUUUAUAUCAUACCUAGACUGUAAAAUAUAAUGUUUGAUACGGGUAUUCCAGUCCAUAUUUUACGGUACUGCAUGGGUUAUUUCUUGUAUUGCAUAGGAUUCCAUUGAAUAACUCAAAUAGAUUCAGACAUUGGAAUUGCUGUUCUUACAAUUUUUUCUUUGAGGACACACAUUUUCAGAACUUCCGCCCUUCAGGCAUUCCGACCCAUGAUACCUUGGGUGAUAUGGAAUACACCUUGUAGUAUUCUGUCUCUCUCAUUAUUUAUGUAUAAACCAUUUUAUCCAUGAUCCAAGUGAUUUUUAUAGGCCGCUGUUGACAGGGUUUUAAGUAUGAUAUUUAACAUGAAUGAUUGUGAUAAAUUUAGAUAACUUGUGAAGCUAAUUAAUUUAUGGGUAAUGCUGGAAUAUAGAGGUGAAGACUUCUUUUAACAUGUACAGAAUUUGUAAUAGUGAAGUACUAGUGUUAUGGUAUUAUUUUUUGAUGCAAUGGGUCAUUUGAAGUAAUAAGUUUGUAUCAUCAAGACCACUUAUGUAUUUGUAAGUGCAAAAUAUAAUAUACUGAGGUAUUAUGAGCCUG